GCCCCAGAGGCGUGUACAAACGAGUGCUUGUCUAAUCCCUUGAGUUGGGUGGAGAACUCAGCGGGGAAAGGAAAGAGUUAUAAACCCUCACCUGAUCUCCCAAAAAGCACUCCCAGAAAAGAGCCAGGAAGAGAGAAGAAAACCCUGAGCCAGGAGUCAUGGCAACCAAACCCAAGCUCUACUACUUUCGUGGCAGGGGCAGGAUGGAGUCAAUCCGCUGGCUCCUGGCUGCAGCUGGAGUGGAGUUUGAAGAAGAAUUUAUUGAAACAGCAGAACAAUAUGAGAAGUUGCAGAAGGAUGGACGCCUGCUUUUUGGCCAAGUACCUAUGGUUGAAAUUGAUGGAAUGGUGCUCACGCAGACUAGAGCCAUCCUCAGCUACCUUGCUGCCAAAUAUGACUUGUAUGGGAAGGACCUGAAGGAGACAGUCAGGAUCAACAUGUACGCGGACGGCACCCUGGACCUCAUGCUGAUGAUCGCGCUGGCUGCGUUCAAACCGCCGGCAGAAAAAGAGGAGGAUCUUGCAUUAAUCGUGCAGAAGGCCCAGACUCGUUACUUCCCGGUCUUCGAGAAGAUUUUGAAAGACCACGGACAGGAUUUUCUCGUUGGCAACAAGUUCAGUUGGGCAGACCUACAACUGUUGGAAGCGAUUUUAAUGGUGGAAGAGCUCAAUGCUUCUGUUCUUUCGGACUUCCGUCUGCUACAGGCAUUUAAAACAAGAAUCAGUAACAUCCCUACAAUUAAGAAGUUCCUGCAGCCUGGGAGUCAGAGGCAGCCACCCCCGGAUAGCCACUAUGUGGAAGUAGUCAGGAGCAUCCUGCAUUUCUGACGGCAGCAGCUCUUACCAUGGCAAACAGCAAUGAUCCAGUCACAGCAUCAGUAUGGGCUGCCAAUUGAAGAAAACUGUAGAUUCUAGAAGUAAAGUGUCUAAAAAGAACAAAACCAUACUGUCAUGAACAGCAAACACCAAUUAAAUGCAAUACAAAACCA